GUCUUAUUUUUCCAUGUGACUUAUUUCGAGCAAUUUUUCAAACAGUAAUUCAUUUGCAAACUACACAGUCUGCUGGAUGUAUAACAUUUUUAUAGGAAACGUUGAAUGGAAUAAGUCGUUUGAAAGUUUCUGGUGAGGUGUUUUGAAAAAUAUAAAACUUGAUAGUAAGGUUUUCCCGGAAUCGAAGAAAGAAAAAGAAUGUCUUCGCCUAUCAUUUGUAUAUCGCCUACAGCAAUAAUCUCGACAUACACCAAUGCACAAUUGUAGGAAGAAUCCAGCUUUUAAACGCAGCAAGUAGAUUGUUUUUCAUAUCCCAAAAUACAAUUAGAUUUAGAUUUCCACUAAGACACAAAAUUGUCGGUCUGACGUUUCUUAGUGACGAUCCCUGCAGAGAACUUGCAUUUUUACCAUGCGUUGCAUUCGUCAAUGACAGUACGGAGGGUACAGUUCCAAAACUCUGUCGCCAGAGUAUACUAGUGUCUAUAUUGAGCUAGAGACCUGCCUCCGGUCGACGUCAUUGCGUUUCAAACGUGCCACAAGAAACCAAAAAAAUUCUUUUUCCGUUAUAUUUUCAUCACGUUUUUCUUACGGUGUGUGUAUAUUAACUGCGAAGAGGUUGUCAGUGUGUGUGCUGGUGUGCAGUUUAUUCAGGAAUAUUGGGCGGGUAUUUUUCUUUUCACAACUUGCAUCUAUCCCAUACCCAAAGCUUCCCCUCCCCUUUCCUUACCGUUAGCACUAUAGCUAAGGGCAGGGGCUGAACAGGCAUCAGAGAACCACCAGCCGUCGAGUUGUAUGCAAGUCAUAUUUUCCAGUCUCUUCAACUUUCCAAAACAAUAAUACACAGACAAAUCAAUGGCUGGUUUCCGUUUGCCGUGUCUGAAGUCUUUGGCAGUCAAUGUGAGUGGUAUUUCAGCUCGUGUUUCAGCCGGGUCUCAGCACCUAAAGCAGUUUAAGCGGCUUCAAAAUGCAGUGCAUCCUAGGCUUAUGAGCAGCACCGCCUCUAGCGUCAACUUGUCCUCAGAGAGGAUCAAUGAUAACGUCGUCUAUUCACGCCAUGAGGACUGUUUUAUCCACACUCAAACGGUGGUACAGCGAUUCUUCGACCAGGCUUCUCUAUGGCCCAAUCACACUGCCGUGGAAUGUGGCAUAACUGGACGGAAAUAUACUUACGACAAAGUACGCAUGUUGGCCCGCCGUUUCGGUAGUUCAUUGGUUCGGAUGGGAUUCAAGAAAGGUGAAGUAUUGGGAUUAGUCCUUCCAAACCUGCCAGAGUUUCCAAUUACUUUGCUUGGAGCUGCUGGCGUGGGGAUGCCUGUUACUACUGUCAAUCCUAUCUACACCGCCGAAGAAAUAGCGCGCCAAAUGCAAAAUUCGGGUACUAGCGUGAUUGUAACCAUCCCACAAAUGGCUGACACAAUUCGUCAAGUGGCCAGUAUGUGUCCAGAAGUUCGUCGCCUCAUAGUCGUUGGUGGGCCCGAAGAAGGAUUUGUGUCCCUAUUAGAAAUGUUUCAAGAUUCUGGAGACCUGUUUGAUGACAACAUUGAGAUUGAUCAGUUUGAAGACAUCUUUGUCUUGCCCUAUUCAAGCGGGACUACCGGUCUUCCAAAGGGAGUCAUGCUCACCCAUUCAAACGUGGGCAGCAACAUUCAACAAGUUGUCCAUCCUGGAACAUCUAGACUUAUACAAACAACGUCCAGUAAGAGUUUUUUUUUCUUGUUUUUUGUUAGUAUUUUAUUUUAUUCGCUUAUUCCGUCAGGUAACGUGACAGAUUCCUUUCAAGAAGUCUAUAUAUGCGUGCUUCCGUUCUUCCAUAUUUAUGGAAUGGCUGCUGUAAUGCUGACGGGGUUGGACCAUGGAGCCAAACUCGUGACUUUGCCGCGUUUUGAAAGCGAAUCUUUCCUUAAUUGCGUGUAUCAACAACAUCCAACUAUGCUACAACUUGUACCUCCAUUGGUCUCCUUCCUUGGUCAUCGUCCUGACCUGAAAUUGGAAGCCUUUCAUCGAUUGCACACAAUAUUUUGUGGUGCCGCCCCAUUGGGCCCCGCUGCCGCCUCAAAGUUGAUUGAGAGAUUGGGAAAACACGAUCUACUAAUGCAAGAAGGUUAUGGAAUGACUGAAUCAUCUCCUGUCACCCAUAUGAGCCCUAUUGUUAAUAACAAAAUUGGUUCAUUCGGAGAGCCAGUUUCCCGCACCCGAGUUAAAGUGGUUGACCUAAAUACGGGUGAAUCUCUUGGACCGGGACAAGAAGGAGAGAUGUGUGUUUUUGGUCCGCAGGUCAUGAAAGGCUAUUACAAAAACGUAAAAGCCACCGAAGAAACCAUUGAUAGCACAGGAUGGCUUCAUACCGGAGACAUUGCUUACUAUGACGAACAAAACCAGUUUUUUAUUGUUGAUCGCCUAAAAGAGCUCAUUAAAGUUAAAGGACUACAGGUAUCUCCCUCUGAACUCGAAGAUGUUUUACGGCGCCAUCCUGCCGUUUUGGAUGUAGCGGUUAUCGGUGUUCCCGAUGACAUUUCCGGAGAACUUCCUCGUGCUUACGUUGUGAAAAAAAGUGGUGCGGCGGCGUCAAAGGAGGACAUUGCGGAAUUCGUUGACGAGAAAGUUGCUCCUCACAAGCGGCUGAAGGGUGGAGUAGUUUUUAUUGAUUCUAUUCCGAAAACGAGCACAGGCAAAUUGUUACGCCGUGAAUUGAAAAGCAUGUUAUUGUCUCAGAUCUCAUGAGGCUAACUCACGUUCGACAAUAUUUUUGCGUUUCAAAAGCUGAUAUAACCCUUUGAAAAACAAAAAAAAACAAAAACAAAAAAAAAUGCCAAUAAUUCUAGGAAACGACGGUCGAGGUGGUCACUUAAAAAAUUGGUUUUACUUUUACCUGUCCCCGGCAACAUGUAUAACUCAAUUCUUAAUUCCAUUAUGAAGCACCUAGUGCCUUAAAGUAACGACUGGUGAAGUGGAUAUUAGUUUUCACCUUCAAUCAAUUUGAAACUCCUGUAAACUGAUAGUUUUGUCAAACGUAUCAUUUGCGACUGCAUUUUAUUCUUUCCUCUAAAUUCUUGGUGCGUGCAUAAAUUACGCUAUAAUCGGGUGAGUGUGUCCUCGUACAAUGUCAAAUUGUUAAUUCAUGCAAAUGCAUAUUCAAUGCAACAUUAAAUCGUUAUGUAAUGUCA